AUGGCCACCAUCAAGCGUAAAGCGGAAGCUGAUGCAGAUAAUGCCACCGUUAAGCGUCGCAAGUGCCCGUACUUGGACACUGUAAACCACCAGUUACUAGAUUUUGACUUUGAAAAAGUGUGCUCCAUCAGUCUAUCGGAUCAAAAUGUCUAUGCCUGCCUCGUUUGCGGCAAAUACUUCAAAGGCCGUGGCCGCAAUACGCACGCCUUUACACACUCAGUGCAAAGCAGCCAUCAUGUGUUUAUUAAUCUGCAGACGGAUCGUAUCUACUGCCUCCCGGAUAAUUACGAGGUGGUGGACCACACGCUCAAGCCCGUGCAGGACGCGCUGCGUCCGACAUUUGAGGCCGCUCAGAUCGCCCGACUGGACGAGAACCGUAUCUUAGCGCAGGAUGCUUUCGGCGUCUCGUAUCUUCCAGGAUUCAUCGGUUUGAACAACCUCAAACACACGGACUACAUCAAUGUGGUCGUGCAGGCGCUGGCCCAUGUACCGCCGCUCCGAGACUUCUUUUUGGCCAACAAGACGGGGAAGAUAAAGUCGAAGCUUGUGCUGCGCUUCGGGGAGCUCCUGCGAAAGAUGUGGAGUCCACACAACUUUAAGAACACGAUCAGUCCGCAUGAACUGGUGCAAGAGAUCUCGGUCAGCAGCAAAAAGAAGUUCCACGUCGGAUCGCAAAAUGAAAGUGUCGAGCUCUUGGCGUGGCUGCUAAACGAAUUGCAUAGGGGGCUGGGCGGAUCGAAAAAAUCGGGAAGUAGCAUCAUUCACAAGUGUUUUCAAGGCUUUGUAGAGGUGACAACGGACGAUGGAACGAAGGGUGCGUCUGCGGAUCCGGCAGAGCGCGCAUCGGCUGUCUCCACUACGGUGUCACCGUUCUUGAUGAUGGCGCUGGACUUGCCGUCUACACCAUUGUUCAAGGAUUCUCAAGGUGGAAACAUCAUCCCCCAAAUUCCACUGUUUACAGUGCUUGAGAAGUAUGACGGUUCACAUGUCACACACGUGCUUCAAAACUCUCAUCGACUCAAGAAGACCUACCAGAUCGAGACGCUGCCAGCUUACCUGAUUUUUCACGUGAAGCGUUUCACGCGCAACAACUUCUUCAUCGAGAAGAAUCCAACGAUUGUAAACUUUCCUGUUAAGAACCUCGAAUUACGGGAUUACAUGAAGCUAGGCCAGGAUAUGUUACCGGAGGAGGAGCUUCAGAAUAAGUCAAUUUCCGAGCUACGAACUCUGCUACGCAACCACAACCAAUCGACUGAGGAUUGUGUCGAAAAGGCUGACUUGAUUGAGGAGAUUUUGCGCGUUACACUUCCAUCCACCAAAUACAACUUGAUUGCCAAUAUCUGCCACGAUAGCCCAGUGACUACAGGCCAAGAGGCAGCGCUGCGAACCAAUCCGUUAACGGAAGGAAGCUAUCGUGUCCAUGUCCAGAAUAGAGCAACCGAACAAUGGUACGAAAUCCAAGAUCUGCACGUUCAGGAAACGAUGCCGCAGCUGAUUGGAGUGUCCGAAUCGUAUUUGAUGAUUUACGAGCGGAAGGUGUAG